CUAAUGCUAACGCUCACAGCUGAUUCUGAUUUGAAUUGUUUUUGUGCAUUAUUAUAAAAUACAAAAAAUAAGGGAUUUUCAAUAUUUUAAUUAAAAAAAAUAAGGGGCAUUGACCACUAUGUAGACUAUAGACGUGUAUAAGGUCUUCUGAAAUAAAUUUGACCAGUUUUCACCUAGCUGCUUUAGGGGUCUGUACGUCUGUACCAAAGUUUUAAAAUACAAUUAAGAUAAUGGAAGUAGAAGCGGAUCUGGCUCUCCUUGCUAUCAAGGAACAGAAAGGCAUUUCUGGAGUUCCGCCUGCUCCUGAAGUUAGAAGGUCAGAAAGAAAAAGAAUUAGGCCUUUGCCAACACAGAAGAAAGAUAUUCUGACUAGGUCGAAGAAAUUUCUGUGUGAGAGUAGCACAGAGAAACAAGUAGAGCAGUAUUAUCUUAAUAAAAAAGUAAAAUUGUCCUCACCAGCCUUAGAGACAAUAUUUGAAGAACCAAAGAAUAAUGCUCAGUGUAUGAGUAACAAGAGGUUGAAAAGGAUAAUACAUUUCAAUGAGUCCACAGACAAAAGCAAAGUAAAAAAACGGAGUUUAAAGGCCAGAAAGAUAAUAAAAGGCGGCUUUAGGAAGUUAAGCAAAAAAUUGGGCCUAGAAAGUCUUAUGAACAGCCUUAAAAAGCUUGAAGAGGAAACACCAGAAUCAACUGUAAAUUUGGUUAAGAAUUUAGGAUUGAAUCUUAAUGUUCAUACAAUAGUAUAGUUUUUAGUGUAACUAAAAGCUUUAGUCAUAAGUUUUUUUGUUAAAUAAUAUUUACCUAAUAACAUUAUUUUUGAUUUUCUACAACAUAUCUACAACAAAAAAGAUAAUUAUACUUUUUGUAUAAAUAA